AUGAGCGCGCCUGGUCCACAGAGGGCCGCCUCGGUCGAUCAAGCCGAGCACGGUGGUGCGCUUCACCCUAUCGUCAGCAACUCGAGUCAGACGCACAACUCGGCCACUGAUCAGCCUGACUCGCGAGGAAAACAUGCAUCUCGCCACGUUUCAGGCCACGAUAUGCACAGGCUUUCUUCGCCAAACGCCAACAGCAGCCUCCUUGUCCGACUUUUGCCCGUCUUCCUCAUCGCCUUGCAGUUCGGCAUGGACAGCACCCUCUGGCUACCAACAGCAUACCAACAUCUCGCAAAAUGCACCUCGAACGGCACUGAGACGAGCCACUACCUCAGCUUGGCCCAGCUGCUUCCGGCCGCAGUGCAGCUCUUUGUCUCCUUGUUCGUCGGUCCGCUUGCCGCGAUGGUCGGGUCGCUCAAAUGGCCAGCAUGCUUCCUGCUUCUCUGCUCGGCCGUCGGCAACUUGAUCUACUCCCUGGCUGCGCCUGGAGGCAUCAACAACGUCUGGGCCAUCGUAGGCGCUCGAUGUCUUCUCGGUCUAGCCAGCGGGAGCGCCUCUUUGGCCAUGGCAUAUCUGACCGUCUCCACCGCGUCACACCAGAGGAUCGAGGCCAUGUCGCUCUUCCGCACCUUUGGCGGGAUUGCCAUGGUGCUGGGUCCGCUUCUCAGCAUCCCCCUGACUCGUGUUCACUUUGACGUCGGCCACAGUGCUUUCAAGGUGGACGGAACCAAUGCGCCUACGUUCCUUGCAGCCUUUACCUCGCUCAUCAUCGCGUCUCUGGUGGCUUUUCUACUCGACGACAAGUCCAAGCCGGCUCACAACGCCUUUGUCCCGCUCAUGGGCUUCUUCACUUCCAAAGACGGACGCUGGAAGAUGCCAUGCCUUAUUCUCGGUCUCAUGCUCGUCUCGGCCUACCUGAGCGCCAACGUUCUCUUCCUGCUGUCCGAGCUCCUGGCACAACGUUGGCACAUAGGCAUCACCCUUGCCUCUGGAAUCCAGGCGAUCGUCUUUGCGCUUUCGCUCUUGGCGAGCAUCGGCUGUGGUCGCAUGCGCCAAUUCAUCCUGGACCACAUGCAAAAGAGCAAUGCAGCAAGUGGCUCCGAUGCAGCGGAGAAGGGCAAGCUGGAAGACCAAGCAGGCUCCAAACUGCAUGCGGAAACGGUUCUGACGCAGGCUUCGCAAGUCAUCUCGCUCACCGCCGUCUUCCUCAUCACCAUGUCGCUAUCCUUCAAAGCGGGCUCGGCAGCAACUGCUGUCGUGUUCGCCAUCGCAUGUAGCCUGGCCAUGAUGGGCUACAACAUUCAGGCGGCCUCGCUCCCAUCGCUCUUCUCCCAAAGCUUGCCAGCCGACGUGCGCGCGUCGUUGGUGCCGUGGUACGCGGCCACGGUGGCUGCGGGCAAACUUGCAGCACCGCCCGUGACCGAAACGAUUGGCAGCUCGAAUGGCCACGGAUGGGCGGCUUCCCAGAGCGUGCCUCUCGCCUUGGCACUGGGUGCGAUCGCUGUACUCGCCUUGGCGUCCAAGAGGCUCGUCGGCGCUGACGUGCUACACGGAUACGGCUCUGGUGGCGAUGGUGGAGCUGGGAACGUCAAGCGCAACCGGCAGCUGUUCCGACUGCUACCGCCGGGCAACGAACGAUUCCACGCUCGACACUGCAAGCACGAUUUUGGAUGGCUGCAGCUGCACCACCAAGCGCCGUCGGAGCGGAUGUCGGAGAUCGUGAUGGAGCUCUACGAGGGCUGUGGUGCGUACCUGGAGGAGUCCCCGAGCUGCGCAUCGCUAUGCACGCUUCCUGCGGGCGCGCUCGAAACAUUGCCGCGCGAGACCGGCAUGGACGAGGAAGGCGCCACCUCGACUUUUGGGGAAACUGCUGCGGACGUGCCCGUUGGCGGCGAGUGUGACAGCGGAGUCGAGGUAGCUGGUGGAGGUGAUGGAGCAGCGGACGGCAUGUCGGCGAUGGGCUUUGACCACCUCGAGCGGUUUGCGUGCGCUGCGGCUUGGUGUGAGACGACCGACGAGGUGCGCUUUCUGAUCUGA